ACCAGGCGCGUGCAGCUCUACAACCAACUGCAAAUCGCACAGAUGCACGAGGUGCAAAUUUUCUAUCAGGAUAUCAUUCAAGCCAUCUCGGAAACAUUGGCUAGUAUAGCUUUGUCCCAGCCAUUCAUCACCAUGCCUUUGUCGGAUAGCCUGAGCCACAGUCAGAGCAUGCCCGCUGGCGCGAUCAUGGAGAGCGGUGGCGACACAAGUGCACGCAACUUGCAAACGCAUAUGUCUCAGGGCACGAGCUCAUCGCAGAGUAGUCCGAGGGUGGCUGCUUAUAGUAGUACCCGGCCGGGGAGGUGCGACUCCUUGGGGCCCACCAUGUCUAUGGGAUUUGUAACCAGUGCCGGUCCAAGGUUCUCG